UUCAAUUUUCAAAUAUAACGACGGAAAUACCGGGCUCGAUGCAUUGCUGAUUUUGAUUCAUUGAAAAGUAAAUAAAUAAACGAAAUAUGCGUAUUAAUAAGUGAAACCUGGUUUGUGUUACACCAAUUUAAAAUGGAGCCAUCGAAGGAGGCAAUCGCUGUGCGUAUCACGCGGUUGAAUCGCCUAAUUUUGGGUAAAGUGACAGGUGGAACUACCAGGUUCAGCAGAAAGACAAUAGAUCGCGAAGCCCUACUGGAUGCUCUAACUGUUCUGUAUGAUGAGUGUAAUGAUGACCCCGUCAAGAAGAGCGAUGACUUGGUUAAAGCUUUUUUGGAUAAGUAUCGCAGCACAUUGGCAGAGCUGCGAAGGACUAGAGUGUGCAUCUCUGACUUUGAGAUGAUUCAAACUAUUGGCCGGGGACACUUUGGAGAAGUGCAUAUGGUGAGAGAGAAACAGACAUGUGACGUGUAUGCCAUGAAGACAUUGCGCAAGGAGCAAGCUCGCAAGCGCGCAGACGACGAGCGCGAUGUGCUCGCCGCUGCCACGGGACCCUGGAUGCCCAAGCUGCAGUAUGCUUUCCAAGACAGCAGUAACCUGUACUUAGUGAUGGAGCUGUGCUGCGGCGGCGACCUGGCGGGGCUGCUGGCGCGGCGCUCGCAGCCGCUGGCGGAGCGCGACGCCGCCUUCUACGUCGCCGAGGUGGCGCACGCGCUCAAGGCGCUGCAUGCCAUGGGAUACGUGCACAGAGAUGUCAAACCACACAAUAUAUUGCUCGAUAGAUGCGGUCACGUGAAGCUGGGCGACUUCGGUUCGGCGGCGCGGCUGUCGGAGGGCGGCUGCGGCGGCGUGGCGCCGGCCACGGCCGACUACAUGGCGCCCGAGCUGCUGGCGGCCGCCGACUGCGCCACGCACACUGUGUGUCAGCACUACUGCGCUCGGCUUGUUACCUCCGCCAUUUCAUCAUGUGACUACUGGUCGCUUGGCGUCAUCGCGUUCGAGCUGGUGACGCUGCGGAGACCGUUCUCUUCGGGAGAAGACGACUCCAUUGCUCAGAUACUUAGUAAUAUACAAAGCUACGAGCGGUCGUCGUCGCCGCAGCUGCCGUGGGACGAGCCGCCGGCGCCGCCGUCCCGCGAGUGGCGCAGCCUGACGGCGGGGCUGCUGCGCGUGGUGGCCGGCAAGCGCUACUCCUACCUCGACACGCUGCAGCACGCCGCGCUCGCGCAUCUGCCCGCGCAUAACAUACGCGACCAGGCGCCGCCGUGGGUGCCGCUGGUGCGCGGCGCGGAGGACGCGGCGCACUUCAGCGUGCCGGUGCGGGCGCCGCCGCCGCCCUCCGCGCAGCCCUUCCGCACGCGCCCGCCCUUCGCCGGACAGCUGCCCUUCGUCGGCUACUCGUACGUAUCGCAGGACGACAGCGAGGAACACAGCGGGGGGUUCAACGCCUCGCACGACUGCACAGCUAUUGACUUAGCUACCUUCAAGUCAGCAGAGAAGUUAGCGGCAAUGCGGAGUCGCGAGAUCACUUCGCUUCAGGCGAAGCUUGCGGAGGCGGAGUCGCAGGCCAGCGCCGGCAUCGACCGCGUGAGGAACGAGGCCGAGGCCGAGGCCGAGAGGCAGCGCGCGCGACUGCAGGCCGAGAUCACGGCGCUUAGCUUGCAGAACAAACGUCUAGAGCGUCAAGUGGAGGUAGAGCGCGAGGAGCGCAUGGCGCUGCAGCGCUCCAACCAGGAGCUGUCGUCCAGCAUCGCCGAGCGCAACAGUGCUGAGGUGCGCAGUGCCCGCGCAGCCGCUGCAGCGCUGCAGGUCGAACGCGAUACCCUCCGGGACGACUUACAGCGACUGGAGGGACGGCUAGACAUGCUGGCCGCCGAGUGCAAGCGAGCCGAGGCCGACGCCGACGCCGCCCGGGCGCAGCAACAACACUAUAAGGACACGAUAGCGAAGGAGCGGGCAUUGCGGCGUCAGACACUGAGCGGUGACGCAGACAGCCGGUCAGCCGCACGCGUUGCCGCCGCCGACGCCGCCGCCGCCAACGAGAUGCGAGCCCGACAGGCCACCGAGAAGAAGCUCGCCAUUCUCGACGACGAGAACAAACGCCUCACCGACGAGCUCGACGCCGCUGCCAAGACUCUCGCCUCUAUGCAGGAAAAGUUGAACGAGAAGCAGCGAGAAGCCACCACGGCGUCGGAACAGAUGAAGGAGUUACAGGUGCAACUGGCGCAGGAGCGGGUCAAGGCCUCCACUUUACUCGCGCAAGUACAGGAGCUGGAGCGCGGCGUGGAGGCGUCGGUGCGGCGCGAGUCGGCGCUGGAGGAGCAGUGCGCGCGCACCGAGGCGCGCCUCAGCGAGCGUCUGCGCGGCGCCGAGCAGCGCGCCGCCUCCGCGCUGCACGACGACGCCAGGCAUCGGGAGAAGGUGAACACACUAGAGCAACUAGUACGUCAGCUGGAACGCGAAGUAAGCGCUCUGGAGAAGCGGUCGUGCGCCGCGUGUGCCGCCGCCGCGUCCACGUCCGCGCAGCCCGAGAGCGAGCGUGGCACUGAGCCGCCCAGUGCUCGCACGCCGCACAGCGACACCGAGAGCGUCGCCGACGCGCAUGCGCACGCACACGUCUCGCUCCUCAAGGAGCAGCUCGAGCGAGCUGAGGCACAGCUGCAGGCUCGAGCCGAAGAAAUUGCAAGUCUGCGUCAAGAGGCUAGAGCCGCUAAUCUAGCGAGAUGGCGGAAGGAACGCGAAUACAACGAGCUCUCAGUGGAAACGAAAUCGUCGAUGCGCGACUUCAAACGCUUGGAGGAACGUCUGAACCUCGCCGUCGAGGCGCGCAGGACUGCCGAGCAGAAGGCCAUCGAGGCCAACGCCGAACUGGCCAAGUUGAGGCCCGAACACGAGCAUGCCACCAAGGAGGUGGAACGAAUGAGAUCUCAGCUGGAUAAGCUUACCAAGGCCCACGAAGUCGUGCAGGCUGAAGUCGAGAGGUCUCGUAACGACAUCCGCAAGUUGAAGAGUGAGCUGCAGUACAGUGAGAAGCGGCGCCUUCACGCCGAGGAGCAAGAGGAGCUCUCCUCCCGCGAGCGCUCGCAGCUGAGGGACGAGCUGCAGGAGGUCCGCAGGCACAACAACGAACUUGUACAGAACAACAAAGCGCUCCAAGACGCAUGCGGUAUGCUAGAGGAACAGCUGACAGAUCUCGAGAAGAUUGCUGACAUUCACGAACUCAAGAAUAAGGAUCUCGAGGGUCAGCUGGCAGGGGUCCGCACGGAGCUGGAGUCGUGCCGCUCGCGGCUGGGCGAGGCGGAGGCGGCGGCGUGCGAGCGCGGCGCGGCGGCCUCGCGCGCGGCGCUGCAGCACACUGAAGCCCGCGACCAGGCGAGGCAUGCGCACCACGAGCUGCAGCUGCUCAGGGAGCGUCUGGAGGCGCGCGAGACGCGCGUGGCGGAGCUGGAGGCGCGCGCGGCGUCGCUGGAGAGCACGCGCGCGGCGGGCGAGGCGGCGCUGGGCGCGGCGGCGCGGCGCGUGCGCGAGCUGCAGGAGGAGUGCGCGGCGCUGCGCACGCGCGCGCACCACCACCACGCGCACGCGCUGCAGCUGCAGGCCACGCUGCACGACCUGCAGGAGGAGUUGGCGGCGGCGCGGGAGGCGGCGGAGGCGGCGUCGGCGUGGUGGCGCACGCGCGAGACCAAGGCCGACGCCACGCUGCGCCAGCAGGCCAAGCUCAUCGACUUCCUGCAGGCUAAAGUAGAAGAGGCUGGUCGUAAGAAAUGCUCACUAAGCAACAAGUUGUUCGGUCGCUCCGGGCGCAGGACUGCCGCCUCGCCACCUCUCAGGAGAGCCAACAGGGAAUUACGUGAGGAGGUAGAGAGACUACGCGCCAAGCUCGCCGCUUGCAAUGCAGCAGCUGAUCAGAGCUAUCCAUCUACGCCUAAGCGUGAGAAAGCGAAGCCGAUCGUGAAUGGGUCAAAUAAAUCUAUCGACUCUCCGGACGGAGCUCAAGACAAAGGACUGCUGAUAGUCUGGUCUGACGGCAGCCGAGAGCGCAUGCGUGCGCGCUGCGUGGACGAGUGCCUGCUGCUGUCCAGCGGCUCUCGAGAGCUGAGGGGGCAACUGCUUGCGGCCGACGCCAAGAACCUGCCGCACAACGAGGCCAACAGGGCUUUCAUGGUAAAGCUGGAGAAUUGUGACCGCGGUCAGUCGGCGGCGGUGGUGUGCGGCAACAUCGCGGAGCGGUCCGCGUGGAUGUCGCGCCUCCGCGCAGCCGCGCCCGCGCCGCCCGGCUACGUGCCCGCGCUGCUGGCGCCGCUCGCCUCCGAGCCCGCUGCCGCGCUAUAUGUGGCGCCCAACGCUACCGCUAUCGGUUGCGCGGACGGGCUGCACUCGCUGCGCGGCGCGGUGCGCGUGGAGGGCGCGGGCGGGGCCGGGGGCGGGGCCGGGGGCGGGGCGGUGUCGGGCGCGCUGGCGGCGGGCGGGCGCGCGCUGCUGGUGGUGGGCGGCGCGCUGGUGCAGGCGGGGCUGCUGGCGCUGGGCUCCGCGCUGCGCCGCGCCGCCUCGCUGCGGCCCGCCCUGCCCGUCUCGCCCGUGCCGCUGCCCGACAACACGCCGCCGCACGUCAUGAAGGCUAUCGCGGGCGACGCAGUGGACGGCCCGUGCGCGGCGGUGGCGUGCGGGCGGCGCGUGUUCCUGCUGCGCUACGACGCCUCCACCACGGAGUUCAAGAUCGCGCGCUCGCUGACGGUGGACCGCCCCGCCAACUCGCUGCUGCUCACCACCAGGACGCUGUACAUCGCCGGCGAGAAGCCGCUCAAAGUCAACCUGCCCUCCGGAGCGCUCGAGUCCUUCGGCAUGGACGAGCCCACUGUGGCCGCCGCCGCUAAGAAACACUCCCCACCGAAAGCUUUCUUACUCAUAAAAGAUAAACCCACCGAGAUACUCCUCUGUUACGCGGAGUGCGGCAUCUUCGUCGACGAGAACGGAAAGCGAACGCGCAACGAAGACCCGAAGUGGAGCACAGCCGUGUACAGCUGGGAGUUCGUCAACCCAUUCCUGUAUGUGAUAGGAGACGACAAAGUGACCAUAGUGUACUUGAACGAUGACGCGUACCGCACCCCGCCCUGCACCUGCGACACCACGUCCGUGGCCUCCACCGCAUCCGACUGCUACUUGCCAGAAAUAUUCACGUUGAAGAUGAAGGAACCGGUGCUGCUGGGAGCCGCACCCAACGGAAUAAUAAUACGUUCGAAAAGCGAAAAUGGUUUUAACGUGUCUCUGAUAGAGGGAAUGGCGGCCUUCAGAAGUGUCGGCGCAUCUGUAGAGUCUUUAGCCACAAUCUCAGACACGAAGGGAUCGACAACAGACUUGGCACAGUCGACAGACGGGAUACCGCAGGAUGUGUCGCAAGAGAGUGUGGAAGUCACCACGGGCUUCCUCGCAGACAUCAGGAAACGAGCGCGACAGCUGCGUAACAAACACCGCAAGGAGCAGACGCCCGAUGACGUCAUAAAAGAAAUAUUGACAACGGAAGUCGACUUAAAACGUACGACCAACGGCAGGAAGUCUCCCGCGACUAUUUCAGAGUUCGACUCGGACACGGACUCGGACCACAGUGUCACGAAGACCGAGUCGCCGAAGGUCACGGCGGACAUAUGUGCGGAAAUGUUCACGAGACAAGUGCGCUUCCAGUGAUAUUCAUAUUGCCAGUCAAACUCCAGAGAGUAGCGAGUCUGAAUAUACAUUGUAUAUCGAAUAUAUAAAGCACGUGCGAUACAGGAACACAUGUCAUGUACCUGAGAGAUAGGAUGUGUGAAUGCAGAUGUGAAGGCAACAGAUUAGAUGUAAUGUUUGUAUUUUAAUAGUAUUUCUUAAUUGUAGGCGUUAAUAAGUUUUAUAGGUAAUAUUAUUUAUACCAUGCCUUAGCAGCCUAAUUUUACUUUUGAACUACACCGUCUUAGCACAUAACUUACUAAUAGUAUGUACAUUUUAUUUAUUAAAUAAUUUAACUUCAUUGUCUAUGUUACGAUGUACACAUUUUGUGGAUUUUAAAAGUCAAUAAUUAAUUAGAUAAUGAAUAUGUUUUGUAUGAUUUUUGAAACGCGUAAGCACACCUUUUAUACGAUAAUUAAUACUGCAUUGUCUAGUUAUUUUUACUGUGAUUUUAUAACUGACUUGAUUUCUGUUUAGAUUAGUUUUAAAUGUAAGUGAUCUUUGUUUACGUUCUUUGACUCGUUAAAUAUAUAUUUUUGUAAAGCC